UAUCUAUGCCACUUAAACUUGAAAUUGUAUUGCGAGCGCGUAAAUACGAUACGGAAUUUUUAUCGAUUUUUUGCGAAAAAUAUUACAAUAUUUGUAUGAUCAAUGAAUGGGAGCCAGUGCUUAGAAAAAGAAUCCAAGUGCGGUUUCGGCAGCGGCUCGAUGUCCAAGCAAUCCAAAACAAUGCCUAUGAUAGAAUUAAAAGUUUACAUACGCGUAGUCGCGGCCGUGUUUGCGGUAUCAUCAGCAACUGCAUUUGCACUGUCAAUGCUGAGACUCGUCAACUCUGAUUUGUUUUACUUAGAACACCUAGAUGGCAGCAAUAUAGGCAUCCACUACUUCAUAUGCGGCCUCAUGAUCGUGACCAGCGGCAUCGGCUUCCUCAACAGCUGCGUGGUGAUGAACCGCAGCGCAGUGAAGAACACGGGCCGCAACAUCACCACGUGGCUGCUGCUGGACUCGCUGUUCGAGACCUCGCGCGUGGUGUACGUCUUCAUGAGCGAGGUGGUCAUCAAGGGCAGCGGGCCCUUGCAGAUGUACGAGCUGGUCAUCAGCAUCUUGCAGUACUUGUUGGACAGUUUCCUGUAUUGUCAGAUGAUACUCAGACACUAGUAUUUAAUCAAAUGUUUUAUUUAUUCUGUAUUAUUUUGACUGUUAUGAUUGUACGGAGUCUUGUGUUAGGUAUAGGUGAGAUGUUUUAUCAUAGACACAUUCCAAAUGCUAGAAUUGUCACAAAUGUAUUAUGAAAUUCUUGAAAGGAACCUUCAUUUUAAUGUAUUAUUUUGUUUUAUUUUUAAUGAAGUAAAUCUAUUUUUCAUGGAAUAUUUAAAUAACAUAAGUAACCUACAUAUAAAAGACUAUAAAAUACUUUUAUACUUAGGUAGGUAACAUACAUAAGUAAGCACCAAAUAUCUUGUCCACUCUGACAUUCCAGCACGCCGAACUGCGCAGUUUUUGUGCACUUGUCUCGUGUUCAGAGCGGACUCGAAGUUUGGCGCAUUCUUCUAAUUUUAAAAAAAAUUAUGUCCUAACGUUUUAAUUUUUGCGAAUCAAAUUGACAAUUUAUCGAUUAUGUUUGUUUGAUUCCGUUUUUAAAAGAAAGUCAAAUUUCAAGUAACAAGCUUUUUUUCAACAAUCGUUCUCGAUUUGAAUACCUGUGACAUGCCUAACAAAUUGUAGUGCUAAGGUCACAAAAGCUUAGUUGUAAGAAUGAUCUCUAAAACUGAAUCAAAUAUUAAUUUAAUUAAAAAAGUGAGAAAUUAUUUAGAGUAUAACUCCACUAAGUAACUAAGUAUUAUUGUACAUAUAUUAAGUAAUAGUUUUUAUUGGUAAAAAAAUCAAUCUUCACAUUUAUGAUGUUAAUAUUUUUUUUAAAUUUCCAUAUAUUUUAACAAUUCCAUUGUGAUCCUUUUAUGGCAAAAAAAUCGUUACCUAUUAUCUUUUUUAGUUAUUAAAUUAUUUUACUUUAUAUUUUGUGUUUGCUAAAUUUUAAGAUUUUUUUUUGUGUUCAGACACUGCGAUGGACAACCGUUUGCCUUGACAACGAAUUUUUAAAAUAAUGUUAUUGUUAUGUUAGGUAUUAUAAAACUUUUAUGAUGAAAACUCCUACUCAUAAGAAUAUCUUGAAAAAUCGUUGAGGUCACUUUAAAUGCUUGUGUGAGAGAGAUGUGCAAAUGUAAUUGUCUCAUGAGAAACUUUAACACAAUUAAAGUAUAUUUUUAUUGUAACAAUUUAUGUUUAAAACCCUAAAAAGUUCCUUAAGUUUGUAGGUAGGUAUGAGAAACAUAUGUGCCUCACAAGUUUCUUGUACAUAAUUAAGUAAGUACGUAGAAAGACAAGUUCCGUUCUGCCACACAUCAAGACUGUCUGAUACUUAGUUGUAGUGUGUAUUUAGGUUUUGCAGCAAGUCUAUCCAGAUAUAACACAGUUUAGGUUUGCUAAUCCACACGGCUCGCAUAUAGUGUUGCCGUCCUACAUAUAAAUAAAAUAAAAUGGUAUUGGGAAAACUCCCUAGUUUAGAAGAAUUAAAAAUACUUAAUGAAUCAUUCAGUGUUAUAUAUUUACUUUGCAUAAAUUAUUUUUAAAGAUAAUUGUGUGACGUACGGUCUGACAAGUUUGUUGAUGAACGAACCCAUUUCUUUAUUAUAAACAUAACGCCGAGACACACUAAAACUGCUUCUUUUGAAUUUUUGUCUGAUCAAACAUUAUUUUAAAAGGUCUAAUAGACCAAUUUUCAUAGGAUGUAUAAGCUAGGAACAAAGUGUAAGCUAUGUGUUACGAGUUCCUCGAGUACGGGUGGUAUUAAAAUCCAUUAUUUUAUUAUUAUUAUAUAAGGGAGGUAAUUGUACAAAGUUGUUACAACAGUGAUGGUAUAAAUAAGAGGGUAUAAUUUGAUGACUAUAGUUUAGUUCUUUGUUAGGCAGCGUGAAUGCCGUCACGCUGCUAGUCGCGUUAGUAAUUUUGUGUUUUGUGUUGCAAUUAUUGAUCAUAAAUUGUUUAGCGCGGGCAUGGGGAACAUGUCGGGCAGGGGUGGUGAGUGUCGAUGUAUUGUAACGGGAUCCCUUAAACCUACACCCAAGGUCACAAGUCCUGGAACCUGCUCGAGGUGUUUCCUCUACCACAAAAUGAUGGUACAAUCACUGUCGCUGCUACCUGUCACGUUAUAUUAGUAAGUUGAAAAAAGCAAGUAACUUUUUACUAGAGUGUGUUAUGUCUGGAUAGACUAGCUAUAUCAACAAAUUGUAUUGUAUCCUGAUUAUUCCAAUACUCAGACUUUAGGUUAAGUGAUUGUUAUUCAAUAAAUAAAUAUUAUAAAAAAUUAA